AUGAAGAACUUUGCGGCUGAACACGCUGCAGCAUGGAGGGUUCCAUUUCCAUCGAAUUACGGUACCCCAGCUUCUGCGGCCGUUGCUGUUACUCAGCCAUGUCCUGCUCCAAUUUAUUAUCAAGACACCGGUUAUGCCAAGUCAUCGGCUUCAUCAUGUAGCAAGUCAGAGUCUGAUUUGUCUUCAGAUGAAGCUUACAAAAGAAGACGCGAAAAACGUGAUCGUAACAAUGAGGCCGCCCGAACAUCACGUCUUCGACGAAAAGCUCGUGAAGGUCAUGUGCAGAAGGAAGCUGAGGUGCUGCAGCAGGAGAACGAAGUGUUGAAGGUCGAAGUCGGCGAACUUGAAGAAGGUCCUGUACAGUCUCCAAGACGAGGUCAGAAAUCGACUCAACGUCGUUGA